AGAUGUCUCUUUCUGAUAAUAGAAACAACUCGCUCAGUAAUCCUCAACCAAUCCCCUUGAAUUAUGUUGUGAAAUCGGAACCUACAUUACAUAUCGAAGAUUGCUAUGAAUCAAGAAUACCUAACGGAGAAGAGUUUUUAAUAGAAAUCCACUACAAGUCUGCUAAGGCCUUGAAACAUCAGGUGACCAACAGACAAGGAUGCCAUCUUUAUUAUCAGAAUGUUGUUGAAGAUGAGAACGAUGGAGCCUUUGGUCCGAUGAGUGCUGAUCAAAUCCCAUUCCCAGACUUCAAUGAGUUCUGCAUGUCAGAGAAACAGACGGAUCUUACCAUGACAUUGUUGCGGCACAUGGAAAAGGGAUUAUUGCUGCAUUGCCAGGAUGGUAACAUGUACUUGACCAGGUAUGGCCGUACAGUGAUCUUUUGGAACACGUCACAAAAUGAAAACCAAGAGCCCGAGAAGAGCAGGCGUGGAGAAUUAGUAAAAAUAUUUGAUUAUCGCAAAUUCCGAGCAGAAAUCACCGACUGCUUGGGCAAACUGGGUCCAUGCCCGCCAGCCCCUCAAAUAUAUCUCGGAAUUGGCCAACAGUGGUCGUCAAAGUGUCCGCUAAAAAAUAAUUUAGUGUCAGUAUUGGUUACACCUCUGAAGGCAAUGGAGGAGUAUAUCUCCAUAGCAACAAGGUAAAUAUGGGGAU